AUGAAUUCAGCCGCAGCUCACCGAAUCACGUCACCAAGGUCCUCAUCCCUUGCCAAGAGACUGCCGACCUCACCGCCACAGUGUAUGGAGCACACAGCACUCAUUCUUGCUCCCCAAGGCUAUGCACCCUUCUAUGAAGUCACGGCAUUCGUCAGCUGGGGAAACAUGAGCACCGGAGACUAUUCAAUCUCUAGCUGGCUUUCCCACAUCAACUUCUCCACCGUUAACCCUUCACUGAACUUGAGACACUCAUAAUCCCCCAUCACUUCCGCUGUUACUUCCCCCAUCACAUCCUCCCCCGACUCAACAUCCCACACUCACCGCACCCUACCAAAUCCGGAGACAACCCCCACCCUCUCGCGAACCAGCGCCGGCCUCUCUCCCGCCUCGGCGAUGUCGGCCGCUUGCGACGCGGACGUGCACGCGCGCAUUCUCGCCCUCGUGCACGGGCAGCUAACGUCCGAGGAGCAAAGCGACGACAAGUCCCACGCCUUCCUGAGCGCGGGCACGGCCGCGCGGUACCUACGCGCGUACAAGACCGAGGCCAAGGCUGCGAAGAACGUGCUCGCCACGUACCGCUACCGCCGCCUCGUGCGCGCGGACGACCUGGGCGUGUCCGAGGCCACGUUCCGCACGGUGUGGGACGAGCUCAAGAGGCGCAGCAUGUUCCUGGCCGCCCUGUCGGACGCGGACUACCCGCCGUCCCCGGUCCUCAUCCUGCGCAAGAAGGAUGACGCCUUCCACCGCCCCGACUUCGAGGACUUCCGCCGCGCAUUCUUCUUCACCCUGGACUGCACCGCCCGCCUCGCCGACCGCGGCCUGGGGGACGCCGCCACGCAGCAAGGCCAGUGGGUCAUUGUCAUGGAUAUGCAGGGGUAUAGCUCGAAGAAUAGUCCCCCGAUCGCCGUUAGCAUGGAGACCAUGCGCAUAUUUCAGAACCACUUUCCAGAGCGCGCGAAGAGGAUCGUCGUUCUCGACGCACCGAGGGCGUUUAACGUGCUGUGGCGCGUCGUGCGCAACAUGAUUGACCCUGUUACGCGCGCCAAGUUUCUCUUCACCUCACGCGCGAUUGGCGAGGAAGCGCUUGGUGAGCAGGUGGGCGCCGCGGUUUUGGAAUGUAUCAAUAUGGACUUAGAAACGGGGAAGGGAGCCAGCGCUAAGAUGAUGGUCGACGCCGGAUUCUUGAUCGCUCCAGACUGCUAGGCAUACCCCGACACAAGCCAUGCCAACCUUGCGAUGCUAAGGUGCCAUUUCCCCUUUUACUCUUUUCCGUAUCAACACUUCCACCGUUUAGAUAAUACACAGGUGCCAAAUACCGAGUGUGAGGCUGUCGUGCCAACUGUUCAGAUAUACAAGGCACGGCUAUCCCUCCUCCCUCUACAACCGCACAGGAUUGCAAACCACUAAAUUUACUGUACACAA